UCACUCAUUCAGCUCGAGCUUCUCCAGGAGACAAUAAGCGGUGACAGUACUGAGAGAGAGCGCGACAGAGUGCAUCAUGGAUGUUCUUAUGCCCUCCAUGCUCGGGGAGGAUCCACACCUCAUGGCUGAACCGGCGAUUCAGAUCUUCGAGCAGCCCAAGCAGAGGGGAAUGCGCUUCAGGUACAAGUGUGAGGGCCGCUCGGCUGGAAGCAUCCCCGGCGAGAAGAGCUCCGACAACAACAGGACGUACCCCAGCCUGCAGAUCCUGAAUUACUGCGGCAAGGGGAAAGUGCGCGUUUACUUGGUGACGAAGAACGAACCUUACCGACCGCAUCCACACGACCUGGUGGGAAAGGACUGCAAAGACGGAUUCUACGAGGCUGAGUUUGGUCCAGACCGCAGAGUGAUCGCUUUCCAGAAUCUGGGUAUCCAGUGUGUGAGGAGGCGGGAAGUGAAAGAUGCGAUUGUUCAGAGGAUCACCAGAGGGAUCAACCCAUUCAGUGUGCCACGCGACCAGCUGCUGCAGACAGAGGAGUACGACUUGAACGUGGUUCGCCUGUGCAUCCAGGUUUUCCUGCAGGACGAGAAUGGCCACUACACCCGACCACUCAACCCCAUUGUCACCAAUCCCAUCUACGACAACAGGGCCCCGAACACAGCAGAGCUGAGGAUCUGCCGGGUCAACAGGAACAGCGGAAGUGUUAAAGGAGGGGAUGAGAUCUUCUUACUUUGUGACAAAGUGCAAAAAGAUGACAUUGAGGUGCGCUUCUUCUCCACCGACGGCUGGGAGGCCAAAGGCUCCUUUUCUCAGGCUGACGUUCAUCGCCAAGUGGCCAUCGUGUUCAAGACUCCGUCCUACUACAACACCUCCAUAACAGAAUCAGUCACUGUGCACAUGCAGUUGCGGCGACCCUCUGAUCAAGAAGUCAGCGAACCAAUGGAUUUCAGAUAUCUUCCCGACGACAAAGAUCCUUACGGCUACAAUGAGAAAAAGCGCAGAAGAGAGCAUUUGAUAAAGAUGUCAGGAUUAUCAGGUGCUCCUUUUAGCGGUCUAUCUAUGGGUAGGCCUAAGGCGGUGUCACAGAGUACCAUGAGUCACAUGCGGAAAGACCUGACCAACAUGUACCUGAGGCAGAACAAUCCUAUGAUGCAGCAGCAACCUGUCUUCAACCAGCCCUACCAACCAGGUCCGCAGAAUGUAAUGAUGGCAUCACCAGCUCCUAAUCUCCGUUCGUGGGUAAAUCCCAACCCAGCACUCUCAGUGGACACAGUCACCAUAAACCCAUCUGCUCUGCCACGCCCUAACAACAGCCGGCUACAGCAGCCAAACCGGGGAUCUGGUUACCCCCAAAGAGUGGUGCAAGGCAGCUGCGAGAGUAACACCCUCCCUCAGCUCUCCAUACGGGAUUUGCAGUGCUUGGACACAGUUCCUCAGGGCCACGGAAUGAACCAGUCGGAGACCCAACCUCCUUUUCACCAUCAACAUCAAAGGGAGGAGCUUGCACCUGAGACUCAGGCCCAGAACCAUCUGGGCAACCAGAACCAAGGUCUCCAGAAUAUGUGGGCUGGUUAUAGUACCCUCAAUGCAGGCCAGAGCACCUUUAAUGGAUCAGCACUUGGAGGUGGAGGGGCGUCACAGGGACUCAGCUCAUUUCCCUUCCUAGAGGGAAUGGAGGGAGAUGAUUUUCUGAAAGGCCUUGUAGGGGGCUCUCAGACCAGCUGCCAGCUGAAGCAGGAGCCCCAGGUCACAGUGGGACAAGAGAGCCACGCUUCUGUCAUGCAGUCCCCAAGGGAAAGCCAGGGAAAUACUUACACCAACCUGCUUCCUCGUCCUAUGAGCAAUGGUGCUAACAUGGAUCCAAUGAGGCAAGACGGUAGUGGCAUCACUCAGCCGCUUACAAAUCUGCACAAUCAUUAUGGAAACAACAGCAUGGCCCCGGAAGGUCACUUUGCAAGUGUGACUGACUGGCUCAAAGCAACUCGUCACAGCGAGUAAAAGGAGGGACAUUUUUGGUAUCAAGAAACAAGCAGUUUCAAGGUGAACACUGAUCUUGUUUAGCCUUGAACAACCAGGAAUUUUGCAUCACUUGCACUAGUCCAAUAAGGUUUAGCAGGUGUUUGCUUCAGUUAUUCCAGAAAUGGCAUCAGACCAAAAUUAUUUGCAGCCAGCUGGCUCCUUAGCCAGAUAAAGGCUUUGGUGUGAGGCAGUAGAAUUGAUUUCUGACUAGUUCCCAGUUUAGCAAAGACCUCACCAGAAAUGCUUCCUACAUCCUUAUGGCACUUCGUAGGUUAUCUUCCAGCUGCUGGUGCUCUUUAGACUGAUCAGUAAAACUGAGCUCACGUGGAUCCAGCUGGUUUUAGCAAUAUUAAGACCUGUAUGUCUGAAUUAUGCUUCAGGUUGUUACCUUACCAAACCACAGGUUAAUAGCGUCCAAGCCAAAGUGAUGCCUUUGCAGAAGUGAAUGUACUACUUUCUUUCUUUGUCUUUGUCAGGUGAUAUUGGAAUCACUGUCAGCAUACUGUGUAAAAAAAAAUGUGUAGAGGGGUUGUUUGAUCUAAAGAAAAACAAGGUGUUAAUGGAUUAUUUUCUAUAGCAGAAGAAAUUGCUUUUACAGGUUUACUUUUUAUUUCUUUGUAAAACAUGUCAGUUUGAUUUUUUUUAUCAGAGCAUUUGCUGUUAAGUGCACUCUGUACAUACAUGUUAGCCAUAGUUGAGAGUGACAGCAGAAACCAUGCUGAAACACUCAAGAACUGGCAAGGUACUGAAAUUUCCAUUGAGGAAGUGGGAGGACGCACAUUCAGUGGUGUUUCUUCUUUGUAAUGACUAUGUCAUACCAGUGAUCACAUGUGUUAUCCAGAGUUCUCAGAGCAUUUCUAGCAGAUGUUUUAUAUGUAGAUAAAGGCAUCAGAUACAGAUUUACAGACCAGUUUUAUUGUUUUAUUCAUUCAGCUGAUGCUCUUAGGGAUGGUUACUAAAAGCUUCUUGCUCAAGGACUGAUGACACAUGGCUGAUGAUGGACAAACACUGGCUUCUGUCAGAUGACUUUGUCACUUCUGGCCUCACUCAGCCUAAUAUGUUUUCUUAAUUUUAUGCCUUCCAGAAGCUUUUUUUUUUCUUUCCCUUGAAUGAAAGUAUAUAUUUUGAUGACUACUUUGUAAGAUUUGCUAUUUUUUUUCUCCUUUUUUUUCUACAAGAUCAGCUCUUAAUAAACAGUCUGUUGUUUCUA